GGGGGUGAUAGCAGAUUCACAAUGGAGGUUUCCCCGACAACCAAGUUUGGUAAGACCUUUGUGUUUGAGGACAGGCUAGAGACACAGCAAGAACUUUUCUCAGGGGAGGACCUGGGGGACCCCUUUCUUCAGGAGAGAGGUUUGGAGCAAAUGGCUGUGAUCUACAAAGAGAUCCCUCUUGGGGAGCAAGAUGAGGAACGGGAUGAUUAUGAGGGGAACUUCAGUCUCUGCUCAAGCCCCGUUCGGCAUCAGAGUAUCCCCCCAGGAACCAGAUCCCAGGAUGAUGAGAUAUUUAGCCAAGCCUUCCUCCAGAAAUCCGACCUCAGUGUGUGUCAGAUAAUCCACAGUGGAGAGGAGUCUAGUCUACGCGAUUGUGUGGAAGCAGACAGGGGGAUCUCAGGACUUAACACACCUCACAGGAUCCCACAACCAGCCAAGCCAUAUGCGUGUCACGAGUGCGGGAAGGCCUUCAGCCAGAGCUCCCACCUGCUCCGACACCUGGUAAUUCACACCGGGGAGAAGCCCUAUGAGUGCUGUGAGUGUGGGAAAGCCUUUAGCCAGAGUUCUCACCUGCUCAGGCACCAGAUCAUCCACACCGGUGAGAAGCCCUAUGAGUGCCAGGAGUGCGGGAAGGCCUUUCGCCAGAGCUCAGCCCUCACACAGCACCAGAAGAUCCACACUGGGAAGAGGCCCUAUGAGUGCAGGGAGUGUGGGAAAGACUUCAGUCGCAGUUCCAGCCUCAGAAAGCAUGAGAGGAUUCACACGGGGGAGAGACCUUAUCAGUGUAAGGAGUGUGGGAAAUCCUUCAACCAGAGCUCGGGCCUGAGCCAGCACCGGAAGAUCCACACCCUAAAGAAGCCUCAUGAGUGUGAGCUCUGUGGGAAAGCCUUUUGUCACAGGUCACACCUCAUCCGGCACCAGCGGAUCCACACCGGGAAGAAACCCUACAAGUGUGACGAGUGUGGGAAGGCCUUCAGUCAGAGUUCCAACCUCAUCGAGCAUCGCAAGACCCACACGGGUGAGAAGCCCUACAAGUGCCACAAGUGCAGCAAGGCCUUCAGCCAGAGCUCGUCACUGAUCGAGCACCAGCGCAUCCACACCGGGGAGAAGCCCUACGAGUGCUGCCAGUGUGGCAAGGCCUUUUGCCACAGCUCCGCGCUGAUCCAGCACCAGAGGAUUCACACUGGCAAGAAGCCCUAUGUCUGCGAGUGUGGCAAGGCCUUCCGGCACAGGUCAGCCCUCAUUGAGCACUAUAAGACCCACACCCGGGAGAAGCCCUAUGUGUGCAAUCUGUGUGGCAAAUCCUUCAGGGGCAGCUCGCAUCUGAUUCGGCACCAGAAAAUCCAUGCUGGGGAGAAGCUGUAGAAAGAGGAGCCCGCACUGGCUAGGAGACCUUUGCUAGCUGGAGCUUGUGUCCCCUGUGCUAGGUCUUUGAGAUCCCACUGCCUUCCAGAUAACAGUGCUGAAUGGAAGCCCUCGACGCGUUCUUCAGCUGCCACAGAAUCCAGAAGAACACACAUCAAGAGGGAGAGAGUUGAGUUAAACCCAGGAAAAUGU